AUGACUCUCUAUAGUUUUUGUCAUGUGAAGUUGACCUUUUUGAUAUGUCUUUUUGAAUUCCUUUUGGUGAUUCCUGUUGAAUCAGUCACUUACCCUCCAUCAUUCAUCGAGAUGCCCCCAAAAGAUAAAGUUUUUAUACCUGGCGAGGCAAUUCGUUUACCAUGUGUUGCUAGGGGAUCUCCGUCACCGAAGUAUUUUUGGUAUAAGAAUGGGAAAUAUUUCAAUUGGGCAGCCAACACUGGAAGGUACACGAAGUGGCCAGAUCACGGGACGCUGGUAAUCGCCAGACCAGGUACCGACGAUGACGGUAUGUACCAAUGUAUAGCGAAAAACCAGUUUGGAACCGCUCUAUCUGUCAUCGUUAAUGUCAAAAGAGCAGAACUCGGUGACUUUGAAUUGACGAAAGAGAAAAAGGUGUACGUUUCUCUAGGUCAGUCUGUCAGACUACCGUGUCAAGUUCCUGUUGGUUAUCCACAGCCAGUAGUUACAUGGCAAACAGAAAAGAACGCUCAAAUUCACUACUUAAAAGAGACUAACCGAAGAGCUACUGACAUUAAUGGUUACCUUUAUAUUGCGACAGUGAUUUCAGAAGAUGAUGACACAUUGUACACGUGUGUAGCAAAUAAUGAGGUAUUGCGUAUUCAAAAAAGUGGCCCAUCGUAUCGUCUUUCUGUCUAUGGACAACAGUUAACGUACUCAUUGAAGACUGACUAUAGGUCACCAAGAACAGAAGAUGCUGCAGUUGGUGAUGUUAUCCAGUUAAGGUGUAUUUACAGUGGGUAUCCAGAACCACAGUAUACGUGGUUCAAAGAUGAUAGUGAAAAAAUAACGCUACCCAAUGUGAAGAUAAAAAAUAUGGGUACCAUGUUAGAAAUCAAUCCUGCAACUCUUGAGUCUGCUGGAGAAUACAGAUGCCAGGGUAUAAAUGAAGUUACUAAAAAUACUGUGAACAGUCAAUUUACAGUUCAAGUUCGAGUUCGUCCACAAUUUAUAGAAAAACCUGAGGAUAUUACUGUACCUGUGAAUGGAUCAGUAACUUUUCGGUGUACAGCAUCUGGAGAUCCUCCUCCUAAAAUACGUUGGACCGUAAAUGGUGAAGAUCCAUCAGGUUACUUAGAUGGUGUACGUAAAGUAAUGCAUGGAAACACUAUGCAGUUGAGCAACUUGACAAUCAAAGAUAGUGCAGUUAUCCAGUGUAAUGCAUCAAAUAAAUUUGGUUACGCUUUUACUAAUGCUUAUGUCAAUGUUAUGCGCGAAGCACCGUAUUUUAUUAAAGCACCGGAAGCAGUUUUACGUGCAGUCGAUGGAAAUAAGGUGACGUUAUUUUGUCAAACAUUUUCAGCACCGAAAGCUAUUAUAUCAUGGACUAAAGAUCGACGACCAAUUAAUGGUGGUCGGUACAAAAUAUUACCAUCAGGUGAUCUGCUUAUCGAAUCUGUUGCUAUUACAGAUUCUGGUGUCUAUGAAUGUACAGCAACAAAUCCAUUUGGUAGUCAAAAAGCUUCAGGGAAAUUAUUAGUAAGACGUAAAACAAGAGUUGUUCUUGCUCCGAUCAAUACUAGAGUAUACGAGAAUGAUGUUGUAAAAUUUGUUUGUACAGCAGAAACAGAUCCAGCUGAAGUGUCUAAUCUCAAAAUCACCUGGUAUAAAGAUGAUAAUUAUAUUGAUCCCAAUUUAACACCAAGAAUUCAACAAGUUUGGUUUGAUUAUGCACUAGUUUUAAGUGGUGCUCAACCACGUGAUACUGGACAGUAUCGCUGUAAUGCUAGUAAUGGAUUAGACUUUGAUACAGCAACUGCACCAUUACUUGUUCAAGGCCGACCAGAACAAGCAAUAAACGUACAGGUCAACUGUGUUGAGUUCAUUACUGAAGAAUUGGCACUUGUUACCUGGUAUCCUGGAUCAGAUAAUUAUGCUCCUAUCAUGGAGUAUAUGGUUGAAUAUUCCACCCAGUUCGAGCGUGAAACUUGGUAUCCGGCUGAAAUCUUUAAUCUCACUGGUUUAGUUCAAAGUACUUCUGUGAAGGUUGUGUUGAGACCAAAUAUUCAAUAUCAAUUUCGUGUUCGAACAAGAAAUCGUGUUGGUGUGUCAUUGCCUAGUCAGCCAACAACGAGCACAUGUGGUAUUCCUGGGCGUGUACCAUCUGUCAAUCCGAGGGAACUCUACGUAUUCGGAACAAUAGGAAAUAAUUUGGUGAUUCGAUGGACAACGCUUCCAUAUAUAGAGCACAACGGAAAUAAUUUAGGCUAUAUCUUAACCGUUCAGUGUUUAAACUGCGCGUCAGUUCAACCAAGUGUGUUGAAUACUACUGUAAUUGGUGAUUGGAGAAGUGAUCGAAUUGUAUAUACGUCAUUCAAAGCUGGUGUCCUAGUUUCUGAGAUUGAACCAUAUAAAUUAUUCCGCGUUACUAUACAAAGUCGAAAUGAAAAAGGUGUUAGUACUCAGGCACCUACCAUGGCAUUAGGCUAUUCUAGUGAAGCUAUGCCAACAGUUUCUCCUCCUGCACCAAUCGUUUUAAACAUAACUGCUCAAGGUGUUCAAUUGCAACUGAAAGUAAUAGAAGCCAAUACAGAAGCUGACAUUAAAGGAUUCUUUAGAGGUUAUAGAAUUGAAUGGUGUGAUUCAAGUCUCGACACCGUUAAAUGUGAUGCAAAGAAACAGUUUAAAGACUUGAUAUUUCGUGUACCUAACACUCCUGUACUUUAUACCAAUCGUCGAAGAAGGUCAGUAGAUGUAAUGGAAGAAAAGGUAGAACAUGAAACCACAAGUGGUGAUAUAUUCCAUGCUUAUGAAUCGGUUCUAGAACGUUACUUACCUGUUUCUACCAAAGUGUAUUAUAGAUGGCUAAUGGGAUCUAUAGUACGAGAUGUUCCUAAUCCAAUUUGUCAAAGCAAUUCCAGACGAAACAUAUCGUGUCCAGGUGCAGGUUUAUUCCCACGGGCUGCUCAGUCACCAUCUGUUCUUGGAGAUGCUUACAGUAUGCUACUCGCUCGUAAGACGCGUCAAGCUCCUAAUUCAGUUGAUGCGUCAAAUAGUCAGUCAUUCCAAUCAAAAUUCAGUUGGGGUAUGAAAAUAAAUUACAUACUUACUGGUGUUCCUGGCGCAACAAAUAUUAAGUUAUGGCUACGAAUUUUAACUAACAAGUAUGCAGGUCCAGCAAGUCCUGCAGUUGAAUUCACGACACCAGAAGGUUUAUCUGGCCCGGUGUCCAAUUUAAAAGCAGAUGCAGUCAGUGUUAAUUAUGUAGAUGUAUCAUGGUCCCUACCAACUGAACCGAAUGGAUAUAUUACUGGUUACGAAUUCGAAGCUAUGGAAUUGAAUGGAUUGGAUAUUGGAUAUGGAUUUCGAUAUCCUCCGGUCAAGGAUAACAUUACGACAUUUUAUCGAAUGUCUCGAUUGAAAGGAAAUACAACGUAUCGUAUAACAGUAUGGCCAAUAACUAAAGCCGGGCUUGGUGUUGAUAAUUUCAUUGACAUACGAACUGCUCCUAGUGAUAAAGCUCCAAGUCCCCCGACAUUCGUUAUUACUCGUGUCACUGAGACUGGUUUCACUGUUAUAUAUGAACCUAGUCAUAUAGGUUUACCCGGUACAGUAUUCUUUGUACAGUAUCGUCAACCUGGUAUUGUUCAUUGGUUAGAGUCAGUUCGUACAUUUAUUAAUCGAACUAUAUCUGUUGAUGGACUGAUAUCAGAUACUUCAUAUACAAUUCGAAUGGUUGCAACCAACGGAGAUGUUAUGUCUGCAACAAGUGAAGAUAGACUGAUCCACACAUUAGGUGGCCCUAGUCCAGGAAGCUUAGCUGGAGCAAGUGGAACAUGGUUUGUUAUUGUCUGUGCCUUACUUCUUUUCUUCUUUGCCCUUCUUGUUCUCCUAAUACUGGUACGAAAAAGAAGACUUGAAUCUGUACAAAAGAAAGCAAAUGCUCCUUUACUUGAAUCACGUCAUUCUUUAAUGAGUCCCGAAUACGCUCAACCAGACGAUCCAGAUGCUCAAAUUUUGUAUCAUAUGCCGAGAAACAAUUAUCCUGCUUUUUCUGGAUCACGACAACCUUCAAAGGAACUAACUUUGGGAACUAUCGAUGAUGAUGUAGAUCGAAAUGAUAGUGAAGAUCAGUGGUCGCCUAGUCAAUCAGAAUCAAUUCGAAAUCGUCGAAGACAAGGUGUAGAAGCUGAAGAACAUGAUUCAGAAUUUGAGAGAUCCCCUGGACCCAGUGAUAGUGAAAUUGAACGAGAUAGCUUUAUUAGAUCACGAUCUACGCUACAAGGCCAGUCACGUUAUACGAAACCUUUACCUUCAAGAUAUAGAAACCCAAGUCCAGUCAACAAUAAUUCUUCUAGCCAGUCGUAUGUUACCGGAGAUCCAACUGUAAUCUGA